AUGCCGUCGUUGGAAAAGACCUCAGAGCGCAAAUCCUCACAGUCCAAAAGCGGCAACCGCAUCGCCCAGCUUUUUUCUUCCAAGUCCGCUCGUGAGCCCUCGGCUCAAAAGUCUCUUCUUGCGAUGCAACCUUCACCCGCAGUGGGCGGCCCGUCCCCACAGAUCACGGCCUCUACACUCUCCCUUCCAUCCAUCUCCCUCUCCACUGCUACUGCCGGCGAGGCUCUUUCCGACGAACCACCCACCACGCUCUUCGAGCCACCCUCCGACGCAGAGAACGAGCAGCGCCGGCGUGCAGAGGCUCAAUUCGGUCCCUUGAUCAGCCAAAAGCAUCGCUAUAUCAGCGAGCACCUUGGAGGGUCUCUGGACCCACCUGUCGAGGACGAGCCGCCGUAUUAUUAUCUGCUAGUUACCUACAUCAGCUACCUCAUGCUUAUUGCUUUUGGUCACACCCGUGAUUUUCUGGGACGGCAUUUCAGGUCAAAGAACGUCAAUGCCACGGUCAAGAUCAAGCCUGGCUACGCUCCGCUGAAUGAUGACUUCGACAACUUCUACGUCCGUCGUCUCAAGACACGUCUUGACGACUGCUUUGCUCGUCCGACCACUGGCGUGCCUGGCCGCUACAUCACUUUGCUCGACCGCAAGUCGAACGACUUUAACCGGUCUUACCACUUCACUGGCACCUACACCGAGACACUAAACAUGAGCUCUUACAACUAUCUUGGAUUUGCGCAGUCUGAUGGGCCCUGUGCGGACGCAGUUGAGGAGUGCGUCCGGAAGUACGGCAUUUCUGCAUCCAGCCCUCGUUCGGACAUUGGAACAUACGAUCUGGCUCUGGAUGUCGAACGCGAAAUUGCCGGCUUUGUUGGCAAGCCAGCUGCUAUGGUUUUCUCAAUGGGAUUCGUCACCAACUCAAGCUCUUUCCCGGCGCUUGUCUCCAAGGGAUGCCUCAUUCUGUCUGACGAGCUGAACCAUGCGUCCAUUCGUAUUGGUGCUCGCAUUUCUGGUGCUGUCAUCCGUUCCUUCAAGCACAACAACAUGGUCGAUCUUGAGAAGCACCUCCGCGACGCAAUCUCGCAAGGCCAGCCUCGCACUCACCGUCCGUGGAAGAAGAUCCUCGUUGCCGUCGAAGGCCUGUAUUCUAUGGAGGGAACUCUCUGUGAUCUUCCUAGCAUUGUCGAACUGAAGCGCAAGUACAAGUUUUUCCUGUUUGUCGACGAGGCCCACAGCAUUGGAGCUGUUGGCCGCAGAGGACGUGGUGUCUGCGAUUACUUUGGCGUCGACCCUGCCGAUGUCGACAUUCUCAUGGGCACAUUUACCAAGUCGUUCGGCGCGAACGGCGGUUAUGUCAGCGGCGAGAAGCACAUCAUCGACAAGCUCAAGGCAUCGAAUGCUGCGACCACGUUUGGUGAGGCGCCGACUCCGGCUGUGUUGAUGCAGAUCAUGUCGUCUCUCAAGAUCAUCUCUGGGGAGCUGGCUCCUGGUCAGGGCGAGGAGCGUCUCCAGCGGAUUGCCUUCAACUCUCGCUACCUUCGCUUGGGGCUCAAGCGUCUCGGCUUCAUUGUUUAUGGUCAUGACGACUCCCCUAUCAUUCCGGUUGUUCUGUACAGCCCCGGAAAGAUGUCUGCCUUCAGUCACGAAAUGCUCAAGCGGAAAAUUUCUGUUGUUAUCGUUGGAUACCCUGCGACACCGCUUAUCAGCUCACGUGUACGGUUCUGUGUGUCAUCCUCGCACAACAAGGAAGAUAUGGACCGGCUGCUUAUGGCUUGCGACGAGAUUGGCGACAUCAUGCAGCUCAAGUUCUCUACCGGUAUCGCCGGCGGGCUAGAUCCGCUGCCGGCUGGUGUGACGCCUGACAUGGAGCGCGAAUACCUGAGGGAGCAUGGCCGCCAAGGCAUUGCUCACCCGCCAAGGUGGAAGAUCGAAGACGUCAUCGCUGCUGGCGAAGACGAUGUCCAGAAGCGACUGCGGUAG